UUCACGCCUGGUGGCCACCGGAAGUGGUUUCCCCACGAGUGUGGUUCUGAGUAGCGUACCGUGGUCACGGUGGACCUUCUAUAUGGGUUUUUCCUGAAGUCAAAGAAAUAACUUAACCAGCUUCAAACAAUUACUUGAGGCUGGUGUAGCUUUACGGUGAUCCCAACGGCUUGAUAAACUGUUUCUUUUUUUCUUUGUUUGUUUCGCUGUUUGAUUCAAACAAGAAGCGCCCGUUAGAUAGCAGUGCUUAAGUGCGGCUGCACACCAAUAGAAAAUCUAAUAAUUCUCCAAAGCAGCAGACAUGUCUGAAUUUCUGGAAGACCCGUCGGUUCUUACGAAGGAAAAGCUGAAGAGUGAGUUGCUGGCAAACAAUGUGGCACUGCCCAGCGGCGAUCAAAGGAAAGACGUUUAUGUGCAACUGUACCUGAAAACCUUAACGCUCCAGAAUAAGGAAAUAUCCCAGGCGACGGACACGUUUUCCAGCGAUGAAGACCUGCCUCCGGCCGUGGUUACGAACUCAAGUCGAUCGGGAAAGAAAGCCACGAGGAAGACUGACAAGCCUCCACCGGAUGACGUGAGUAUCGCUGACCUGCCAGACCAGAGCCUGAAGGAGCAGCUGGAGAAAUACGGAGUCAGCGCUGGACCUGUUGUGGCCUCCACCCGCAAGCUAUAUGAGAAGAAGCUGCAGAAGCUGCUCGAGCAGGGCCCCCCCGAAGCCCACGCUGUGGCCAGCAGUAGGCAGAACGGGAACACUGACUCUGACCAGUACAGCGACAAGGAAGAAGAUGAGAGGGUGGUGCCUGGGCUGAAGUCUGCACCAGAGGCAGAAGCGGAGCCACUUCCUGUGGUGAGCAGACCUGGGGGAAGUAGAGGGAAAACCUCUGUCCAAUCAAAGACCAGUCACCACCAAGACCACAAUCAGGUAGUGGAGAGGGUAACAGCGGGUGACGAAACCCCCAGCAUGAACGGAGAUGAUCUUCUGAAGGAAUUGUUUCCCAACGAGGCCAGCACCCCAACAGGCAUAAGUGCCACCUGUAGGAGGCCCAUCCGGGGGGCAGCAGGCCGUCCCUUGAAAGAGAGCGAUUUCUGGCUGAACGAGUCCCUCCUGCAGCGCAGAAAUUUCGCGGAGAGCAGCGUCUUCUACAGCGAGAACCACGCUCCCCUGCCUGGGGCUAGCCAGCUCUCCUACUCUUUGGCUCCCUCUGGUGGCUGGAAGCGUGAACUGCGCUUCCUGCCCGUGUGGCUGCAGCUGCUGUUGCUGAGCAUAGUUGCCGGAUUCCUCAUCUUCGUCUACCAGACCAUGGAAACCAAUGAGCUGAGCCCUUCCGGCCAGUCCCUGAGUCCCUGACCCCACCCUGACCCCCCCCCUGCCAUCGCCUCUCCCUGCAUCCCUCCUUCCAUUCCUCUCUAUUUAGAAAUAGACCCUCACUGCUGGUAAUACACAUUUUUACCCCGGUGUUCCUUUCUGUGGCGUUUUCCUUAUAUACUUUUCUGGACCAAUUUGGACUGUCCCGUUGGACCCCUAAAUUUCCAUUUUAAAAUAUUGAAUUUAAGCACCUUCAUCAUCUCCCAACAAGCUGGGGCUUCUGCAUAAUUUCUCCCCUCUUUUCCUUCCAAUAAGACUGCCCCCUUCAAAAACCCCCCUCCAAACAGCGGCUUCCAGAAAAAAAAAACGUGGACUGAAUUCAGCAUAGACUCUUCCUGUAUAUUUGUCCUCAGAACGACGGUAUUACUGCUGGAUAUAUAAUAUAUCUCAGUCUGGCACACAGGGACGCAGUAAUGACAUUGUUACACUAAAGGUCAGGUCUGGAUCCAAGAGGCAGGGGUGUUCAGUCGCUGAUUGCACCUCUCUAUCAACUGUGAGCAUUUACUGUGAGAUUUUAAUCAUUGUGUCUGUGACCAUCUGCUGGGAUUCUGAAUCACUGCAUCUGUGAAAGGGGUUUAUCUUUUAUUCUUCAGUCGUGUCUGUGAGCAUUUUCUGGCGUUGUUGUAGUGUCUCUGGGCACCUGUGUGUUUCACUGGGUUUGAGCUUCUGCUCUGAAAAUGUGCUACUUGGGUGGAAAGGAAUGGAAAGAAAAGGUCACUUUGCAGGUGAGUGAGGCUUGGUCUGAGAAAUCUGACGGGACAUAUACAUACACACACUCUGUCUCUUUCUCUCUCUCACACACACACACACACACACACACUCUCUCUCACACACACACACUGCAGUCUCAGUCACAAUGGGGCACUUUAUGCAGCCUCUAUGAACAACAGUCUCUGAACUUUAAUUACCCGUUUACUUAUAGCACUUACGGUCCACCUCCUUUUUAGAGCACAACCCUUCUGUAGUCCAGUAUUUUUGUGUAGAUUUAAUGUAAUGAUAUUUUAAGAAAUUGUGAUGUUGGUCUUUUAUUUCAGAGGUUUUAAAGAUCAUUUUAAUCAAGCAUAUGUUAGGUUCAGCCAGGUGUCUUAAUGAAGUUGAUGAAAGUCCUAAGUUCUGGUGUCAUAACUAUACGAUCAUGGGUUUAAAUGCAAUUUUAAAUGCAUGGUUUAGAUGUUCAACUUGUUGCUCAUGUAAGUGGUACAUGUAUAGUUUUUGUAGCAUUUUCUAGAAACAAAGAAAAACAUGGAGUGAGCAUCAGUAAGUUUUCAGUAAUAAAGGGGGGAAAUUACCAACGUGAACUAAAAACAUUUUUUUACUUGAAAAUCUGGUCAGUUACCAUUUUAUUAGGACAUUUGUGGUAUUUUUGCCACAGGGCAGAUCUCUAUUUCUCCCAUUUAAAUGGCUGUGAAAGUUUUUUGUAACUGUAUUGUUUUUUCUAGUGUAUCUGUCAUAAAACAAUAAAGCAUCAAAAGGCUUUUUCAAUAGUAAA